GUCGUCGUUGUCGCGUGAGGCGGCGUGACGUUGCUGGGCUGUGAUUCAGCCGCUCCGGCCCUCUUCUCGUCUCCAGGCGCGCAUUCAGCGAUGUGGCACGCUGUGGUGCUGCUGCAGCCGCCGCCGCAGUCGAGGAGCACAAAGGAUUUCACCUCCGCUUCGCAUCGGCUCUGGCCAGAACGCGCACGGACACCCGGAGCUUAAGUCGUACCUUGCGUUUGAACCCCACAAGAAGGAAAAUGCACGAAGGCUUUUGGAUACAAUGAAUGAAGAGCCGCAGCUUAAUCUAAGUUGGAUAUCUCAAGAUGCGGGAGCAUCGGAGAAUGUGUCCAGGGCGGCGUCUUCCUUGAUCCCUGUGGUCGACCCCGGGCCCGAAUUGAUGGUCAACCCCUGGGACAUCGUCCUUUGCACCUCAGGGACGCUCAUCUCCUGUGAAAAUGCCAUUGUGGUGUUGAUCAUUUUCCACAAUCCCAGUUUGCGAGCCCCCAUGUUCCUUCUGAUCGGCAGCCUAGCACUGGCGGACCUGCUAGCGGGGCUGGGCCUGGUUAUUAAUUUUAUUUUCGCCUAUUUGUUACAGUCCGACUCGGCCAAACUGGUGACCGUGGGGCUGAUUGUGGCUUCCUUUUCUGCGUCCAUUUGUAGUUUGCUGGCCAUCACAAUUGACAGAUACCUGUCUCUUUACUAUGCUCUGACCUACAACUCUGAAAGGACCGUCACCUUCACUUAUGUUAUGCUGAUCGUGUUGUGGGGGGCGUCAAUCUGCCUGGGACUGCUGCCCGUGACGGGCUGGAACUGCCUGAAAGAUGAGUCGACCUGUAGUAUUAUCAAGCCGCUCACCAAGAACAACGUAGCGGUGAUGUCCGUCUCCUUCCUGCUCAUGUUCGGCCUCAUGCUGCAGCUUUAUGUGCAAAUCUGUAAAAUCGUUAUGCGGCACGCCCACCAGAUUGCGCUGCAGCACCACUUUCUCGCCACCUCGCACUACGUGACCACCAGGAAGGGGGUAUCUACCCUGGCCAUCAUCCUGGGGACCUUCGCAGCCUGCUGGAUGCCUUUCACCCUGUACUCUCUUAUUGCCGAUUACACCUACCCCUCCAUAUACACUUAUGCCACCCUGGUGCCUGCCACCUACAACUCCAUCAUCAACCCUGUGAUUUACGCCUUUCGGAACCAAGAGAUCCAGAAGUCCCUGUGGAUGAUCUGCUGCGGAUGUGUGCCAGCAAGCGUCUCCCAGCGGGCAAAGUCGCCGAGCGAUGUGUGAACCCGUCAUCCAGAGCAGGCCACUGCCUUUCUAUUUAUUUAUUUAUUUAUUUGAUCUAUUUAUUUGUUACUUUACUUAUUUAUUUAACAUUAUUUAUUCAUGGCGGAGAAUGAAUGUUUAUUUUUCUCAGGCAGUUUCACGUGAAGCGUUGACUGCAUAACAUGUGAUGCCUUUUUAAAAAUACAGGUUGCAUACAUUUUAAAUACUAUACACUAGAGUACUUGAGCACUCCAGGAUAUAGUAAAUGCACACCUGAUAUUACCUGUGAAACGCUUAUGAUUUGCUUUUCUGUAUUAUACCUGUGGAGAAAGAAAAUAUGUUAAGUUUCAGGAUGAAUUCCACACAGGAUGCAGGUUGAUUUAUUGAGAAUAAUCUAAUUAGAAUAUACUAAAUAUAAAACAAGGUUGUCCAUUAUAAGAGGAAGCCUCUCCAUAAACAUAUCUCUACAGAAUAUUUUAAAAUUUUUCUGUUGAUAUUGUAUAGUCUUAAUAUAUUUGUGAGUGUGAGGAGUAUAUUUACAACUACACCUUGGGAAGAGAGCUGAUAUUGUAUCAUAAUUUUUAUGAUGAUGCUCUCUCUUUCUUUCUCUCUCUUUAUUUAUAUAUAUAUAUAUAUAUAU